CAGCUGAUAAUGACAGUGUAUGAAAAUAAACAAAUAGUAAAAACGCAGUUUCAUUGUUGAUGUUCGCGUAAGUGUAGAAUGAAGUGAAUUUUUACGUAAACGGAACAUUAAUAUCGUAUACAUAGUUUGUAGCUGCAAAGUUGGCCAUCUUACAUGAAUUACCAAAGUACAAAUCGUGAAUUGGCACACAAAGAAAGUUGACAUAUUGUUACUUUAUUACGUUUUAGACAAUGAGUAAAGAGGGUAGCCCUGAAUUGACAAAAUCAUGGGUUUUCGUUGACUCAAAUGAAGACAACCAACUCAAGGACACUAGCGGAGUACAAGAAUUUACCGAAAACGAACCUCAUGGAGACUCAGAUACAGACAGUAUUAGCGUUAUUAGUGAAAGUGGUUGUUCCUACAAAACUGACGAAGAAGAAUUGACUCAGCAAGAAGUACCUGAAGACAGAGAUGACAUAAUUGAGGAAACACUUGAAAAAGCGUCCGAAGCAGAACCUAUCAAGGAACCAGAACCCGAAAUCGUCAAAGAACCUGAAGUAGUGGAACCGGUAGAUUCUUCGUCCGAUCUAGCAUCAGAAGAAAAGAAGAGAAUCGAAAAGUUAUUAUACUUCGCAACCAGCGCCGUUUGCGCUAUUAUGUUGGUAGGCUUCUCCAUAGCCGUCCAGCACUACUUCCAGGCUGCUUCUGAUUUAAAUGCAUUUGAUCCUGAGCAACAGUUUGUGUUUUCCCAUGUACAGAACGUCAAAAACGAAGCUCCAAGCAAAUUCAGUCCAAAACGUAAAAGUCUAAAAUUGCAAGAACUGGAAAAUAAAAUCGCCAAACUGCAAGAAGACAACGAAUUUCAUGACAAAAUUACAACUCCCGUCAGAGACAAUGACCUUAGUGUAGAGGAAACUCUCAAAUCUAAUUAUAAACUUAAUAAAAAUAAAAACGCAGCUUCUAAGUGUAACAAAGGGAAUUGCGAUGUUAACGAAAAGCACGCAAAAAUUCGUGACCGUGCGAUGCCCAAAGUUGCCGAAAACGAUAAAAAUGACGAAAAAACACAAAAUCAACCGCACGACGGAGAUACGAAUACCGACGAAACUUACCACAAGAAAGUUAAGGAACUCAAAGUUAAAGAAGACUAUUUGAAACAAAAGGAGAAGUUUUUGAUUGAAAAAGAACACGAUUUGUUGAAAAAAGAGAUUAAGCUCAAUAAGGAAAAAGAAAAGCAACAAUAUCCAAAACCCAAGCAUGACAAGAAAGUUUCCCACAAGAAAGGAAAAGACUCUUCGUCGGAAGAGGAUGUUUCUGGCGAAAGAAAAGACAAAUUUAAAUCUAAAGAGUACCCGAAAAAACAGCUCAACAAGAGUAAUAAUAAGAAAUACAUGUUCAGAGAAGAGAGAAAACACUUUCCUGCACAUAAGCGCUUCAAAUUUUCUGAAGAACACAACAAAAAGCGAAAUAUAUCUGGGCAGUGGUACAUCAACUUGCAUGAAGCGAGAGAUAACAUGAGACAGAAGAGGCGUGCCAGUUUCAAGAAGAACAAGGCACAUUGGUACUUCCAGUGGAUGGUGGACAGAGCUCGUCUUCGCGUUAAGUAGUUCUAUGACACUGUGUACAUACUAUUUUUCUAAAAUUCUCUUAAAUUUAGAUUUUCACUAAUCUAUUAAUUUUACUUUAUUUGACAACGUCGAGUAUUAUUAUUUCCUUUUUUAUUUAAACAUGUCUUUCUUUUUGUGAUAUUUUUAUUUUAUUAUUUCAUUGUAAUUAAAAUGAUUGGAAUUAAUAUGCA